CAUUUUUGAUUGCAGUACACUGAGGCAGCAGUGAUGGCAGGGGUGACUGCUUUGCCACUUCAACAGUUCAUUGCUUCAUUGGACAACUCCUGUCUGCCAAAAAUUCUUCAAGUUUGCUCUGGGGUGUAUUUCCAAGGGUCUAUAUAUGAAAUUUCUGGGAGUGAAGUGUGCUUUUCUACUGGAGACCUAAUAAAGGUCAUUGGCGUUGAGCUCCUAUCAGUUUGCUGUGAAGACAUCAGCAACAAUGAGAAGUUUGAGCUGCCUAUCAACCACACAGGUUUGUUCAAGAUUGUUCCGGAAAAGAUGCCGUACAGCACAAUCGAAGAGAUGGUGAGCCUGAGGCCCAUCGGCCUUGAGUCCAGCCUCCCCUUCACUUUUACCAGCUGCUCCAAGAUGACGAUCGGCAAUUUUACACUGGGGGCCAACAGAGCUUUGACUGUGCUCUCCAUCGAGCGGCAUGAGGGUGCAGAGGAUCAGGUACGCUGCCAUGUUCAAGGACAACAGGAAGCCUCUGCAGAGGUGUGCAUCCCACUCUCCUCCCAAGGGGAAUUCAGAGAGUGUGAAAGCGUGGAGCGCUUCACUCUGCAAGAGAUCAUGUCCUCACCCUUCCUGCGAAGUCGAAGAUUUUGUCUCAUCAACACCACAAAGUGUGAUCAGCCCCUUCACCUCAGUCCGAUAUACCAGGUCCACGCCAUCAUGAACUUGAGGAAGAACGUGUUGAAGUUUCCGUCCAGCUUAGAAGUGGAUGUGAUCGAUGUCACUGAGCUGUGUCAGGAUGUGAGUUUUGUGACCCCGCUCAGUCUGACGGAAAUCCACUCCCAGCCAGAGGAGUCCUUCCCUGCCGUAGUGGAGAUACUGGAAGGUCCAGAGACCCACUCUCUGUUCAAGUGCAGCUGGCUGAAAGAGCUUAGCAGGAGCAGCCGCCUGAUUUUCCACAAGAAAGGAACCUCAGCCAUGAUUUUACUGUCUAGCUUGAAGAGCCGAAAGGCACAGCAGUACUUCCUGGUAUCUCAGCAAUAUGGUGGACGAUUUCGGAGGCGGCCAAGAGAGUUUAAUUCAGUGUAUGAGCUGCAUGUCGCUUCAGUCCAGGCCCCGGGGCUGAAGGUCAGCGUAACAAGGAACUGUGAGGAAGUUGAGGAGGAGGGCUGGCCUGCUCUCAGUGUGGGGGAACAACUGCAGGUUGUCCGCUAUGAAACGAUGGAGGUACCUUGCGGAAGCAGCAAGGGAGAGAAGCAGUCCGUCGAGGCUCUUUUGUGUCAGCGUCUCCAAGAUCCGGAUGAUGGGGAUGAUGAUGAAGAUGAUGAAGAGGAGGUGAAGCAGAAGGAUGAGACAGAGGAGAUUCUUCUGCCUCUGCAUAUGCAGGGUCACUUUGUGGAGGUACUAAGUGAUAACAAGAAGUACAAACUCAAGGACUUGGGGCUGGAGUUCAGUUUGCCCCUGGAUGUUAAAGUGGUGAGCAGGGAUACUGAACUCGACUCAGAUCCGCUGGUAGGGCUUGCAUGUCUCAGAAUUGAGGGGGCAAUGUUAGAGCCCGUCAUCGAGGCAAGCUUCUCACACAGGCCAGACCACUGUUUCGAGAUCCCAAUCCAGUGGCUCUCUAUGUCUGUCUUUUUUACCAAGGACCCCCUCCCAUGGCCCAGCAGUCAUCAGCCUACAUGCCGCACGGACAGGGUUACCGAGGUGACAGACACAUUCUUUUACGAAUUUCGCAAAAAGGGGAACUCAGAUGCAGCUCCUCCACCUCGACCACCGAAGCGAAAUCUGUCAUCUUCAACGUCUUGCAAAAAAUCAUCAAAACCCUCAAAAAAAACAUCAAAGAAAGACAAGUCCAAGCAUGGAGCAGACAAAAGCAUCCCGACCAAGGAGUUAGCCAAUUUGACUUUAAAUAGCAAAAGAAGGCCCCCAGCUCCCCCACCUCCAGCUAUCUCAGAUGAUCAGCCUCCACCAGUCGUACCACGAAAGCAGUCGGCUGAAAUGACAACAGGCAAGGCUCUGCCAAACACAUAUGUACAAAUGGAGGAGUCGAGGAUAAAAGUGAAACAGUGUGAAGUUGAAGCAAAUGUGGACAGCGACCAUGACUAUGAAAUUGUGGAUGAGACAUUCACAAAGAUGAUGAAGAAAGCACAAGCAAAUGUCAUGUAUUACUAAAAUUCAUGUUCUGUCGCAACGUCAAAUACAAAAUAUGUGCAGAGGGAUCUUAAUUUAAAAGUGACUGAAGAACAUGACAUAUCACAGUUAUUGAGCUGUCCUAUCUUGAAUAAUUUUAUGUCAGUGUAUGAAUGCAUAGUCUUAUACUGAGAUUUAGAGUCAGACCAAGCAAGCUGUCAAUUAAAUCCUAUAAUAUUAUGUUAUGCGUUUUGAUUUUGUGCCAAAAACAACUUGUGUAACAUAGAUAUUUCAGUUAUAUCUUAAAUUAUUCAGGUCAGCAAUCUGCAUCUGUGAUGAGAUCAUGUGCAAGAUUUGUAGCACCCCGCAGAGCUUUUGGUGACUGGUGACAUGAUUGGGUCACCCUACUGUUUUUCUACCAAUGUGAACACAAAGUGCAGGUUUGGCAAAAGCACUGGCACUAGCAAAUGUUUCACUUCACAACUAUUUGAGGUCAAGGCAACAUCCUCUAGAGCAUUACAAAUUAUACAAUGACACCACUGUUUGUGAUGUGGUCAGUGAAACACUUUGUUCAAUCAUUUCUGCGCUUCAUCCUCUUAAAGGUUGUACGAGGCUGUGGCUGUGUCACAUAUGGUAGACAACCCACAAACUCUGAACAAAUGCUGCCGUAGUUUUUAGAGUUGUAGUAUUUGCUGAAAUAUCAUACUAUUGUACUUUUUGGUCAAACUUGUUAGCUAUAGAUUUAACCAUGUAGUAGUUUUGGAAGAUGUAGCUUGUGGUUUUGUAAACAUUACGUGACGCCACAAACAACCUUCAAAAUAACCAGAGUUAUAUCAACACCUUGUUUUCUCUAAAAUGUAUAUUUAUAAGCUUCACAGAAAUAGUACUGGGUACAUUUUAUUGUGCAGUCGUUGAAUGUACAAGGCACUCUCUUCCAGUAAAUGCAAACUCUAAACAGUGAGGCUUGAAUUAGUCCUCGCUGGGCGGCAACAGUCUUAGCCACAAAGAACACAAAAUGGCACUUCUCCAGCUUCUCAGACGGUCAAAACCUUCAAAUAGCAGAAGCUCUGCCCGCUGUCACAGCAAACUAAUGAUCUAAGAGUACCACACAUUUUGUCAAAUCCUGUUUGGUUUUACUUUGUAUUUCAUUGAAAUGACUCACUGAUGAUUUUAAGUCACUGCUAAAGAAACAACAAAAUAGCCAAUAGAAAUGUAUUCUGCAUGCCAUUUCCAUUUUAAAGUUAAAGGUAUUGUUGCCAUUACAAACAUGCUGUCAUUACUUUGUCUUGAGU